GUUCCUUUACCCGGAAGGAACUGUAGCUGUUACUGAAGACCAAAUAUAUUUGAACUGAUAGGCAUGUUUUCUGAUGACUAUUCAGUUGAAAGUAUUGGACAGCUUCCUCCAGACUUGUUUGCGGAAUCAUGCCAACAGGUUAUGAUGCACUUGCAAGGGCAGAUCCCUGGUGUAGACACAGCUGAGAUCUGUGAGAGAUUUCAAAAAGCUGGUGUCCAACUAAACUUGGAAGCUGUUGAGAAGAUAGUAAACAUGGUUUUGUUUCUUUUCAGAACAGCAACAAAAAGCAAUUGGACGGCAGGGCAACUAGUCACCAAGUUAGCUGAAGGGAGCAGCAAAUGGUCAAAGCCAGCUUUGCAGGUUAUUCAGCGAAUCUGGAAUGAACAGGGCAAACACCUCCCUUCACAGGAGGAUCCCAGCCACACGAUAACAGUUGGACAGCUGGUAGAUUUCCAAUGGAAACUGGCCAUGGCAAUUAGUUCUGACACCUGCAGGUCUCUGAAUUACCCUUACAUCUCCAUGACAUUAAAAGUGGCCAAUUCCUCUGGGCAGAUAACCAGCAAAUCCUUUGAAAUGACGAUCCCUCAAUUUCAGAAUUUCUUCAGACAGUUCAAGGAAAUGGCAGCUAUUCUAGAAACAGCUUAAUGUCCAUAUUAAUUGUACCUUGUUCAUAAUGUCCCUCCAACAAAUAAUUGUGUAGUAACCUGUGCCAGCUGUGUGUUAAAUACGUGUGUUAAAAUAAGAAAAUAUGAAUAGAGGUGUGGUCUCCCCCCCCCCCCCCCCCCCCCCCUGCUUUCAACAAGCAAGACCUGGACAGUUCAGAAACAUUGCUCCAUUCAGUUACUGGGCCAUUUGCAGAUACUAUAAGCACCUCUGACAAAUAAAGUUAUUUGUUUAAUAAUG